ACAGCGGAGCAGUGUCAGGACGUCACCACGAUGGAGGAUCACGCAGCUGGCCAGGAGAAGCACAUCCCAUCAGGCUAUCCCCUUCAGAUACCAGUCGAUGACGGAUCGGAUGAGCCUGUUUCUGAAACAUCUGACGCUAAGAGCACCCCAACUACGGAAGAUGCCACUGCACCUUUAGUGGAGGAAGGAGACCACGAGGAUCAGGGUGGUGUCGAAGAGCAUGGGGAGAUCCCAGAAGGAACCACAGCUGAAGAGGCGGGCGUAGGAGCCACUCCCAACCUGGAGGACCACGCUGGAGGAGAUGCUGCCCAAGGGGAGCCAAGCUCUCCAAAGCUGCAGCCUGGCCCUCAGGAGCGUGUGGGAGAUGCAAUAAAGAGAGAAAGCCAGCCCACAAAGCAGGUGGCUGGGGUUCUUCAGCAGCCUCUUCUGUCGUGUGAAAUGAAGGCUCCCGCAGCAGCUCCCACCAGGAUUGAGGUCACCAUCCCGAUACCCCUGGAUAUGUACCAAGGCUCCAGACCAUCUGAAGACGACAACGAGUUGUGGGAUCAUCGAGGCAGAGAAGGCAUUGGUGUGGAUCCAGCGCUGGGAACGGAGCUGGGUCGUGAUGUACGCACUGAGAGGGUGGCAGGAGUGGGUGGCACAGGUGACUCCCACGUUAAAGAUCGGCCAUCUCCCUUGUCUACCAGAGCUCCAUUAAAAGAAGAUGCCAGUGGAUGGGAAAGAGAUGAGGACCGUGAUAUUGAUGAAACUUCUGAACAGGAUUUGCUUUCCCUGGUGAGACAUCAGGUUUCACCAGGACCUGAAAUGGGCUUGUGUCCAGCAACAGCCAAGGAAGCUCUUGAAGAAUAUGCCUUUGAUGAAAAAAAGUCCAAAGAGGUCCUCGGAGACACACCAAGAGAGGCACUUCUUGUUGAAACUGAAUCACACAGGGCAGGAGAGGUCCAGGAGGAGAGGAGACAGCCAUUGAAGGGGGAAGAAGACACAGAGGUCACCCCAUCAGAGCCUCCUGAAAUCAUGUCCCAGAAAGAAGCUGAGCCUGGGGAGGGAGAAGAUUCUGGACCCUUACUAGAAACAGCCAAACUCUCUGAUGAGGUAAAAGAUGAUGUGGAAGAUAAAGGUGCUCCUUUGGAAGAGGCCGUGACAGAUACAGGAGAACGUCGGACGCCCAAGAAGAAACGUCAUGCCCAUGCUGCAGAGAAAGCAGUCAGUCGUGUUCCUCUCCUAAAAGGUCAUACUGACAGCAGAGACAAGGAAGGGACUGAAGCUGAGGAAAAGAAACCGAAGAAAGCCUCAUCUUCCACUGUUAAAACCCCAGGCAGUAGACCCUCCAUCCCCCCCCAACGACACACCUCCUCUAGCACAACCCCUUCGAAAGCACCCUCCAGCCCUGCUUCCGCCUCUAAACGAGUGUCUUCUGUCACAUCCCGAACUACCAGUACAGGAAUGCAAGAAAUGAAAGCCAAGGGACCGGAGAUGAGAGGUGGCACGAAGACGGCCACGCCGCGGUCUGGAGCCGGGCAGGCUCAGAGGAACUCGACCAAUGCCACGCGCAUCCCAGCAAAGACGCCCACGGCCCCCAAGACACCUCCCAGCUCCGGCAGAAAGGAGCAGAAAAAACCACCUCCUGCAGCAGCAAAGUCUGAGAAAGGUGAGCAGCCAAAGUCUGGAGACAGAAGCGGUUACAGCAGUCCCGGCUCCCCCGGGACUCCAGGCAGCCGUUCCCGCCCUCCCUCUCUGCCCACCCCACCAGCCAGGGAGCCCAAGAAGGUGGCAGUGGUUCGCACACCACCCAAAUCUCCUGCUUCUGCCAAGAGCCGCAUCCAGCCGUCAGCCGCACCCAUGCCUGAUCUGAAAAAUGUCAAGUCCAAAAUCGGCUCAACCGAAAACCUGAAGCACCAGCCCGGAGGUGGCAAGGUGCAGAUUAUUAAUAAGAAGCUGGACUUUAGCAGCGUUCAAUCCAAGUGUGGCUCAAAGGAUAAUAUCAAACACAUCCCAGGAGGAGGCAGUGUGCAGAUUGUUAAUAAGAAGUUGGACUUUAGCAGCGUUCAAUCCAGGUGUGGCUCAAAGGAUAAUAUCAAACACAUCCCGGGAGGAGGCAGUGUUCAAAUCGUUUACAAGCCAGUCGACCUGAGCCACGUGACAUCCAAAUGUGGUUCCCUGGGCAACAUCCAUCACAAACCAGGCGGUGGCCAGGUGGAGGUGAAAUCUGAGAAACUGGACUUCAAAGAUAAGGUGCAAUCGAAAAUUGGGUCCUUAGAUAACAUCAGCCACGUCCCUGGAGGAGGAAAUAAAAAGAUCGAGACUCAUAAGCUGACUUUCCGCGAGAACGCCAAAGCCAAGACCGACCACGGCGCUGAAAUUGUCUACAAGUCCCCCACCAUCUCUGGAGACGCCUCCCCGCGCCGCCUUAGCAACGUCUCCUCCACCG